AAUUUCACUUUCGCUCUUAUGCUUUAGCUCGGCGAAGAGCAACAAUAACACACGGCGGGUUAUGGAGCAGUAAAUGACAGUAAAUGCGUAUUGAUCGUUUGAGGCGGUCUUACUUUCCUUCAGAAAAAACCCGGUGAAUGACAUUCCAUCAGCGCUGUCUCCAGGUGUGGAUUUGACAGCAAGAAUGGCGAUCAAUAAGACUUAUAUAAGCGUGGGCUACUCGUGUGUUGGGAUGCUGGUGGGAUUUUCGGCGUUUCUAGUGUGGAACAUCGCUUACAAACAGCCGUGGACAGCCGCGAUGGGUGGAUUAUCAGGAGUUUUGGCACUAUGGGCUCUGGUCACACACAUAAUGUACCUUCAGGACUACUGGAGAACAUGGUUAAAGGGACUGAAGUUUUUCCUGGUUAUGGGUGUAAUUUUCUCUGUGUUGUCCAUCGUGGCGUUCAUCUCUUUCAUCUGUGUUGCCGUCUCCCGCAAAGAAUCCCUCACAGAUCCCACCAGUCUGUACCUGUCGUGUGUGUGGAGCUUCAUGAGUUUAAAGUGGGCGUUCCUGCUUUCCCUCUAUUCUCAUCGAUAUCGCAAAGAAUUUGCCCACAUCUCCAUCCUCAGUGACUUUUAAAUUUACACACAAUAACACACUCGUGCCCACAGACAAACAAGCAGCUGUUACCAUUUGAAAUGGACCAGGAACACUCAAUGAGGAGAGCCAGAAAGCUUUAGUCUUUUCAGUAUAUCAGUAGAAGACGUUAGUGCACCACUUCUCUCUCCUUUCUACUACUUGUCUGUCCAGGCAGUCUAUUGUGGAUCAUGUUAGAUUGAAGAGUUUGUUGAAGGAUGUCGUCAGUGAUUUGAAAUUUUGGACUUUUUAAUAUCUAUGAUCAAAAUCAACAACUUUUUACUUUUCAGUAUGUAUGGUUUAUACUGUGCAUUUCUGAAUGAGGUAUUAAAGGGGUCAUAUGAUGCGA